CCACUGUGGAUUGUCGCGGUUAGCAGGUAGUUGCCUGAGAUUCGUCACUAGACUCGUACUGUCGUCACAGCCGAGCACAUUGCUCAACCACCGAGCAGUUUACAAAUAGUCUACAAUAGUGAAGUCCAUCCAUUGCGAGGAACAGCAUCAAAAUGUCACGUCUCGAGGUAGCAUUGUUGCUGAUUUGUCUUCACACGGGAUACGUUUAUGGUGGAUUUUUAGAUUGUAAUUUUGAAAUUAUGGAAAGGAAUAUUUUCGACCACUGGGCUACUACAUGCCCAAGAAUAUUUGAAUCCAAGGAAAACAAUUAUUGCUGCGUCGAUGUGGAGAAUAAAAGAUCUUAUUGCUGUCCUUUAUUGGAAUUUGUACAGACAACUGGAGUUAGUUUGAUUCUUCCUUUAGCAAUUGCAGGGAUUGUAAUUGUUUUUCUAUUAGCAUGCUGCAUAUCUUGCUUCUGCUGCAGUUGCUGUCCCUGGUAUCGCCGUAAUCAAGGCAUCACCUAUGGAAACAUUCAGACACCUGUUGUGCAAGUAAUUCAGUCCCCGGCAAAUGUUCCACCAAGCUAUACUAGUCAAUCUACUCAAAAUAUUCCACCAAGCUAUACCAGCCAACCUACUCAAAAUAUUCCAACAAACUAUACUAGCCAACCUGCUCAAAACUAUGUUCCACCAUAUCCAACGGAUUCGACAGCAAUGCCGCAACCCCCACCAUACACUGACGAGGCAUACGCUAAACAGGCUCCAUACAAUCCUGCUUAUCUACCACCACAUCUACAGUGAUCUUUUAAGUAAUUAUCAUAACUAAUGGUUAAUGAUGGAGAAUUUGUGACUCCUUUCUACUAGUCAAGCGAUUCUCGUCGUCAGUCUUGAAUUUACGAACGCCAGUACAGAAAAAAAAUAUUGUGUUCAUGGUAUUAUCGCAUCACAAUUGCGAUUUGUGUUUGUGCGUACAUGCAUGGACAAUUAAUUUGAUAAAUA